AUGGCUUCCUGCCGUGCCUGUGAUCUCAAGGUCCUGGUGACCACUGUGUGCGGACUGCUGACUGUUGUCACUUUGGGACUCAGUUUCUGGAGGAUUGUGGUCAGGACCCAGAGAGGUAAUUCGUUUCCUCCAUCGACCACCCCUAUAAAGUUCUGUGAGAAUGGUGGAAGCUGGGAAAAUGGCAGAUGCAUUUGUCCAGAAGAGUGGCAAGGACUGAGAUGUACAAUUGCAAAUUUCUGUGAAAACAGUACCUAUGGGAGUUUUACUUUUGCCAGAAUUCCAGUGGGCAGAUAUGGGCCUUCCUUGCAAACAUGUGACAAGGAUACUUCAAAUGCGGGAAAUCCAAUAGCAAUCCGGCUGUGCAGUCUUUCCACAUACGGAAACAUAGAAUUACAAGCUGCGAAAAUAGGAAAUUGUAAUGAAAAUCUGGAAACCCUGGAACAGCAGAUAGACAGUAUCCAAACACAAUCUAAGAAUAUUUCCACUGAAGCCCUGAUUUUAACAUCUGAUGCCAGUAAAUUAACUGCUGACAACAUCACUUCUGUUGCUAAAGUGGUUGGACAGAUCUUCAACACAUCCAGAAAGGCUGAAUCUGAGGCAAAAAAAACUGCUGUGACAACAGUGAGUCAACUUCUAGAUGCCAGUGAAGAUGUUUUUCGAACAGCUGCUGCUGCUGAUAAUGAGGAUACCUUGGCAACGCUUAUUGAGCAAAUGGAGGCUUAUUCCUUGUCUUUGGGCAAUGAAUCCGUGGUGGAACCUAAUGUAGCAGUGCAGUCAGUAAGUUUCCCUUCAGAGGGCACUGUGGGGCCUGCAAAUGUUCGCUUCUCUGUGCAGAAAGGAGCUAGUGAUUCUCUAGUUUCUGCUUUAACAGCUGUAAAUACAAACGUGGAUGGACUUAAUCCAGAUGAGCAAACCGAACUUCAAAUUCUGCUCAAUACCACAAAAAGUAACAGCACGGCAUAUGGCUUUAUAGUGUUUCAAAACAACAAGCUUUUCCAAUCAAAAACUUUUACAGCUAGCUCAAAUUUUAGUCAGAAAGUUGUCUCAAGCAAAAUUGAUGAAAAUGAGCAAGAUGAGAGUGUGUCUGUUGAAAUGGUCUUUAGGCCAAAGUACAACCAAAGAGAAUUCCAACUCCAUUCCUAUGCUUGUGUCUAUUGGAAUUUUUUAACAAAAGAUUGGGACACACAUGGCUGUCACAAGGACAGGGGCACUGAUGGGUUCCUGUACUGCCGCUGCAACCACACUACUAAUUUCGCUGUGUUGAUGACUUUCAAAAAGGACUAUCAAUAUCCUGAAUCACUAGAUGUAUUCUCCAAGACUGGGUGUGUACUGUCGGUUACUGGUCUGACUCUCACAAUCAUAUUUCAGAUUGUCACCAGGAAAGGCAGAAGAGCCUCGGUGACCUGGGUGUUGGUCAGUCUGUGCACAACAAUGUUGAUUUUCAACCUCCUCUUUAUAUUUGGAAUUGAAAACUCUAAUAAGAACUUGAAGACAAGUGAUAGUGACAACAAUGAUAUUGACUUUGAUAAUAAUGAAAUGCCCCAAACAGACAUUAUUGCUACCCCGAACUGCAAAUGCACAGGGAUUGCUAUCUCACUGCACUAUUUUCUGUUAGCGACAUUUACCUGGAGUGGACUUAAUGCUGCGCAGCUCUAUUUCCUUCUAAUUAGGACCAUGAAGCCUCUUCCUCAACGUUUCAUUCUUUUCAUCUCAUUAAUUGGAUGGGGAUUCCCAGCUGCAGUAACUGGGAUAACAGUGGGAAUUAUUUAUUCUCAGAACAGGAAUAAUCCACAAUGGGAGUUAGCCUACCGGCAAGAGGAAAUCUGCUGGCUGGCAAAUCCAGAAGACAAUGGUUUUAUAAAAAGUCCUUUGUUGUGGUCAUUCAUCAUGCCUGUGUCCAUUAUCCUCCUCAAUAAUGUUAUUAUAUUUAUUAUCAUCACAAUCAAAGUGCUGUGGAAGACUAACCAGAAUCUGAGGAGCACGAAAAAUGUUUCAUUCCUAAGGAAGAUUAUUGGCACAUUAUCUAUUGCAGUAGUUUUUGGACUUACUUGGAUUCUGGCAUACUUUAUGCUAAUUAGUAAUGAUGACCUCAGGACUGUCUUCAGCUUCAUAUUCUGCAUUUUGAACGGUACUCAGGGAGUGCAAAUUUUUAUCCUCUACACUAUUUGCACAAAAAUCUUCCUGAGUAAAUUUUCCGAAGUGCUGAAGUCAUUGUCGUCUGUUGGGAGAGUGAAGUCACUGCCCUCAGUGACUGCUCUAAGGCUGCGUAUAAGGAUGUAUAACAUGCUCAGGUCACUUCCAGUCCUGCAUGAACACUUCCGGCUACUGGAACCAUCUAUAAUUAAUCAAGAAAAUGACACUAUCUGA